AUUUUCGUUUGGCAUAUGCAUUAGAAAUUUUCAGAUAUUUCGUGUGUGGGAACUGCAAAAGAGAGUUGAGAACAAGGAGAUGAUUUAGUUAGGGUUUAGCAAAUGGAUUCUACAUCAAAUCCAGACACCCAUGAAUCAUGUAUGCAAUAUCUACUGUUUCCUCAAAUGAAUUUGCACUGCAGGCAGAAAAGUGGCUAUCAAGAUCCGGAUGAUGGGCGCCAACGUUUCUUACUGGAACUUGAAAUUCGUUCAUGCCUCGUUAACCCAACUUAUAUUCCACUGUAUCCACACUGCCUGUUCUUUCUUGAGCUUCUCCAAAAUCCAUCAUUUCUUAAUGCAAUUGCACCAAGUUCUGUUCCUCCUGCAUCACUACCAUCAAGUGUAGCCCCUGCAGCCUCUCCAACUCCUGCUCCUACACCUGUUACAGCUGCAGCUCUUUUCCGAUGAAGUAUGCCAUCCCUCCUGGAUUUGGUCUUGCUAAAACUGACCUAAGGAAUGCUUCUGUUGAUCAAAGAAAGAGAAACAGGAAAGACGGAUUCUUUUACUCAUAACACAGACAUCCAACCAAUAGAUUCAUGAAUUAAGGUUGGCUUUCUUCAUCUGUUCCUCCAAUCACCAUUAAGACAAGGUAUCUUGAAGGAAGAUGACUGGAGAAGUUCGCUGCUUUGAACCUAGGCGAUCUUUGUGGCCGAUUCCAGCACCUAAGAAUCCAACUGCUUCUUCUACUCAGGAUGAAAAGGAGGAGGUGGAUUCGCGAUCCAUAUAUGUCGGUAAUGUUGAUUAUGCUUGCAAGCCUGGGGAAGUGCAGCAGCACUUUCAAGUGUGUGGCACUGUUAACAGGGUAACUAUCCUGACUGACAAGCUUGGCCGGCCAAAAGGCUUUGCGUAUGUGGAGUUCUUUGAAAGGGAGUCUGUUAAGAAUGCACUUCUGCUGAACGAAUCAGAGCUUCUCGGGCGGAAGUUGAAGGUAUCUGCCAAGCGGACAAAUGUUCCUGGUAUGAAUCAAUUUCGAGGAGGGCGAUUUAAUCCUUAUGCUGGAUUCCGUCCUCGACGUGCGUUUGUGCCUGGUGCUCCAGUCAUUCCACCUUUUGGAAGGGUUCCAAGGUUCAGACGGUCCAUCCGCUACAGGCCAUACUAGUGAAUUUUAAGCUGGAUUGCAGCCUUCCCUAGAGAAGCAUGGAGCUCGCUUUGUGAAAAGGGCAUCUCCUUGUUUUACUCUCUUUGGUUGAGGGCAAAGGAUGUUCUAAUUCAAAUAAGUCAUUAGCUGACAUAAAUUUCAACUCUGUGGAUGAUGUUUUAGGUUCUGGGGAUUGAGAAUUUUUUUCUUUGCUAGCUUGCUCAGAUGCUUGCAUUUUGGGCAGCAAAUGGAAAAGACAAAUAAAAUAGACAGUUUGUUGAUAGAUGGUUUGAAUUAUGUAUGGUUGUGGUUUGGUCACUCUUAAGCUCCCCUCUCCUGAACCUCCUUAUCCCCAACUUCAAAUCCUAAUAGCUACAUGCAAUAA